CAUAGCAACCAAACGAACCCGCAAAGCAAAAGAGGGAAAGGAAAACCUUGCAUCUCAGAAUCGAUGGCGAAGCCAGUGGCUGAUUGGCAGAGCAACAAGGAAGCAGUUCAGGCCACAAACGACGACGCUUCCGCCAGCAAACUGUCCUGUGUGAAAAAGGGUUACAUGAAAGAUGAUUAUGUCCAUUUAUUUGUGAGAAGACCUGUCAGAAGAUCACCCAUUAUUAACCGCGGUUACUUUGCCCGCUGGGCUGCGCUUCGCAAGCUUAUGAAUCAGUUUCUUGAUACUGAAGUCCGCGAAAAGGGUGGGUUGAAGAAGCAGAUACUAUCACUUGGAGCUGGCUUUGAUACCACAUAUUUCCAGUUGCAGGAUGAAGGGAGAGCACCAUAUUUAUAUGUGGAGUUGGAUUUUAAGGAGGUUACUAGAAAGAAGGCAACAAUUAUUGAAACCUGCAGUCAAAUGAGGGACAAAAUUAGUGCAACAGCAUCAAUAUCUCGAGAGAGAGGAGAAGUGCUCAGUGACUGCUAUAAGCUACUUCCAGUUGAUUUGCGCGACAUACAUCAAUUAAACGAGGUCAUAGCUUUGGCUGGUAUGGAUCCCAGCCUGCCAACUUUUAUAAUUGCAGAAUGCGUUUUGAUAUACAUUGAUCCAGAAUCUAGUCGUGCCAUAGUUGGCUGGGCAUCAAAAACAUUUUCAACAGCAAUUUUUUUCUUAUAUGAGCAGAUUCAUCCAGAUGAUGCUUUUGGGCAGCAGAUGAUCAGAAACUUGGAGAGUCGAGGUUGUUCGCUCUUGGGAAUACAUGAUACGCCAACAUUGCAGGCAAAGGAAAGACUUUUUCUUGAUCGAGGAUGGCAGAGAGCUGUUGCCUGGGACAUGCUGAGAGUAUAUAGUAGUUUUGUUGAAGCUCAAGAAAGACGCAGGAUUGAACGAUUGGAAUUGUUUGAUGAAUUUGAAGAAUGGCACAUGAUGCAGGAGCACUACUGUGUGGCUUAUGCAAUCAAUGAUGCCAUGAAUCUUUUUGAGGAUUUCGGCUUCCCUAAAGAGCAGCAGAAGCACGAGCCCAUCCCCUCCUCAUCAGCAUCACCAUGAAAGCAUGAUACUUGACCAAGACCGCAACCAUGAAUCCAUGAUGAUGUUCCCAAGUUUGGUUAAACAUUAUAUCAGAUAAGCACUUCUGAUUCAGGUAAACAAUCAAGGGGACUCUCAAGUCUUGUUUUGGCUAUAGUAUUCAAAUGAAUGGUGACCAUCUAUGUGCGAAUGUUCUUUUGGCUAAAAGAGAAAGAUCCUUUCCUCUUUGUGCUAGCUGUUUGGCAAAGAAAAAGACUUGGUGGGUCCACCAAAGCACCAAAUAUCUGUUAUGUUAUUGGCUUGUAGGGUUUGGGUCAUGUGAGGAGGGGAGGGGGGAUAAUGUGCAUGGUUGGUUCUUUUCCCCUAUAAUUUUGCUUGCCCUUUUUUAUAUCUUGUUUUCUUCUUUCUUGGAUGAUGAUCAUGACAUCAGUGUGGACUUUGGAGUUUGGAAGAUAGUGGAAAAUCGAUUCACAUAUUGUUGAUACUAUUAUCUUCCUUCUUUUUAAAAUUUGGCCUUAAUUUGAUUUAACGGGCGAGUGUGAAAUGAAAAAUUAUGAAUAUUGCAUAUUGUGAUUGUGUAUAUAUCCUACAUUAAAUAAAGAUUAUUUUGGAUUAUGAGCC